AUGGACUCUACGUCACCAAAAGAGGCCGUUACCAUUGCGCAGCGCCGAGGCAGAGGGCGGUCAAACCACCGUGCUGGCACUUGGUCUUCGACAUCGAAGCGUCACACCGCAUACACCUCAUGGGCCAGCCACAAGUCGCACGCCAAGAGAAAGAACAAGAGCAAGCGGGCGACAAAGAGCAGGGCCAAGGCCAGCACUCGGUCGCUGACUCGCUCACAGGCCAUCUGGGCCGCUCGGGCUGCCAAGCGGACAGGUCCCAAGACCCGCCGUACUUCACAGCGGGGUUUCCGGUCGAUAACGCAGACGGAGACAAGAGACCAGGUGGUUGUAGCGAGACUAACCGAUGCGUCCACAGCUACGUCCACCGACACAUCCACAGACAGCAGUCCGUGCUCCGACCAGACCGACCUCCUGAGUGUCCCUGUCAACAACCCGCUCGACGUGAACAGCCCGGUCCUGUUCCCGGCCGCCCUCGACGGCGUUCUUCCGCGGACCGACUUGACCGGCGCGCACAACUGCGGCGGGCAUCUCCACAUCCUGGACAUUGACGACUGGCACUCCUCGCCCUGCCGCGACUGCAGCAAGUACGACAUUUCCGUCGGCGAGCUGCACAUGCUGCCGUGCGGCCACUACUUGUGUCUGCGGUGCCUCAACAAGAAGGCGGCGUCCGUUGCCCAGAGCAUCUACGACGCAGGCGUCUGGGCGAAGGUGCAGCAAGCACUCCGCGAUGCGGCCUUUGCCGAGGCUUUCUACGACUACGACUACGACGGCCGGCCCAUGUACGGACAGCAGCAAGGACCGGGACCCAAAAAUCGGUGGUACGACCCCCCCAUGGCGGCCCUCGAGGCCGUCGGCAUGCUCUGCUGCGGCAUGGACGCCCGCCUCGACCACUUCCUCGGCUGCAUGGACCCGGCCGUCAGCACGGCCUACUGGAUCGCCUACGCGGCCGUGCGCGUCCAGCAGCCCGAGGACCUGCGCAGCCGCUGCGGCUGGGCCGACUGCCGGCGGCAGCUGGUGCCGGCGAGCCAUUUUGUGCGGCGCGACCAGCUGGCGUACGCAUUCUGUCUGAGUUGUGGCGGCACGUCACUGAUCAAGGACAGGGACGGUUCCACCAUCCCUGCGCGGGCGUGGCAGGAGGACGAGGAGAGCAUGUAG